UAGCAUUAUUCUCCAUCUCUCUCGCCCGCCCUCUCCCUCCCUCUCCUGUUUCUCUGGGUUGGAGUUCCAGUCUGAUAACUGUCAGGUUGUGUGAAUUGCAAAUUUCAAUAAUCCUGCGGAUUCAGGAUGCAUUGCAAAGUGAUCACCUAAAGUCAAAGGAAUGUGGGUCCUACAGUUAUCCACAACAUUACUAUCUGGGUUACCACUUCUGUAAUUUUGAUCAUCUUGCAGAGAAUUCUCUGAAAUUAUUUGCAGUAGUUUUUUUUUUUUUUUUUUUGGUGGAUGAGAGGAUGGAAAAGGGCAUUUUUUUGUUACCAACUUAUCGAGGAAACAUGCCUGAGAAGAAGAUACUGGAGAAUGGGUUUGCUGAAAGAGAUUACGAGCAUUCGGAUUCUUCACUUGAAAAGGUCGACCCUGGGAAGCCUGCAUCGCUGACAUGGCAACGAAAAUUAAACAGCAAGGGCAGUGCACCUUUGCCAUUCACUCUAAGUUUAAAAGAGAUAAUUCAUUUGGCUCCAAUAGGUAUUCGCCUAUGGCGUCAUAUACGAGAAGAAGCUGCUAACGAAAGGGAGGGCUUCAUUGAUCCAUUUGCGAAGCGCUCUCUAACGUCUAGUCAUGGUGUCCCACUUGGUGGUAUUGGGGCAGGAAGCAUCGGAAGAAGUUACAGUGGUGAUUUUCAGCGGUGGCAGCUGUUCCCUGGAAGAUGUGAAGAGAAACCUGUUUUAGCAGAUCAAUUUUCUGUAUUUGUUUCCCGCACCAAUGGUGAAAAAUAUUCUACUGUGCUCUGUCCGAGGAGCCCAGAUGAUCUGAAAGAAAGUCAAGUUUCAGGGAUUGGAUCUUGGGACUGGAAUCUGAAAGGGGAUAAUUCUACAUAUCAUGCCCUUUUUCCAAGGGCUUGGUCUGUUUAUGACGGUGAACCUGACCCAGCUCUCAAAAUAGUCUGUCGUCAAAUUUCACCUUUUAUUCCCCAUAAUUACAAGGAGAGCAGCCUGCCUGUUUCAGUUUUUACUUAUACGCUAUAUAAUUCUGGGAAGACUUCAGCUGAUGUCACACUGCUUUUCACCUGGGCAAAUUCUGUUGGAGGGCUUUCUGGAAUUUCUGGUCAUCACUCCAAUUCAAGAGCAUUGAUGAAGGAUGGCGUGCAUGGCGUACUUCUACAUCACAAAUACAGGACUGCAAAUGGGCUGUCCCCAGUGACAUUUGCAAUAGCAGCACAGGAGACUGAUGGUGUUCACGUAUCAGAGUGCCCUUGCUUUGUGAUAUCUGGUGACUCAAAGGGUGUCACAGCUAAGGACAUGUGGAGUGAGAUAAAAGAGCAUGGAUCCUUUGAUCGUCUUAAUUCUGCAGAAAUGCCAUUACCUUCAGAACCCGGAUCAUCUAUUGGGGCAGCCAUUGCUGCGUCUGUGGCAGUUCCAUCUGGUGAAGUACGUACUGUAACAUUUUCAUUGGCAUGGGAUUGCCCAGAAGCAAAAUUUAGGGGUGGGAAGGCGUAUCACAGGCGGUACACUAAAUUUUAUGGAACACAUGGGGAAGCUGCUGCAAAUAUUGCUCAUGAUGCCAUUCUUGAGCAUCGCCAUUGGGAAUCCCAGAUUGAAGCAUGGCAAAGACCAGUUCUUGAGGACAAGAGACUUCCAGAAUGGUACCCUGUCACUCUGUUCAAUGAGCUAUACUUUCUAAAUUCCGGGGGCACAGUUUGGACAGAUGGAUCACCUCCAGUCCAUAGCUUAAGAAGUAUUAUAGAAAGGAAGUUUUCCCUUGAUAAGUCCUCAUUAGGUUUGAAAAGCGUCAUUGAUGCACCCGAGCAAAAUGAUACUGCUAUCGACAUUCUUGGAAGGAUGACAUCAACACUUGAGCAAGUUCACACGCCCAUAGCAGCAAACUCUGCAUUUGGAACAAAUCUCCUUCAGGAGGGAGAAGAAAACAUUGGUCAAUUCCUUUAUCUUGAAGGAAUUGAAUAUCAGAUGUGGAAUACUUACGAUGUCCAUUUCUACUCAUCUUUUGCACUAGUCAUGCUAUUUCCAAAACUUCAACUCAGCAUCCAACGAGACUUUGCAGCAGCAGUAAUGAUGCACGACCCCAGUAAGAUGAGACUUCUCUGUGAUGGAAGGUGGGUCCAACGAAAGGUUCUUGGAGCUGUUCCUCAUGAUAUCGGCCUCCAUGACCCCUGGUUUGAAGUAAAUGCUUAUAACCUGUAUAACACAGAUAGGUGGAAAGACUUGAAUCCCAAGUUUGUUCUCCAAGUUUACAGGGAUGUGGUUGCCACGGGUGAUAAGAAGUUUACAGAAGCCGUUUGGCCCGCUGUUUAUGUUGCAAUGGCUUAUAUGGAACAAUUUGAUAAAGAUGGAGAUGGAAUGAUCGAGAAUGAUGGCUUCCCAGAUCAGACUUAUGAUACGUGGUCAGUCUAUGGUGUGAGUGCAUAUAGUGGUGGGCUGUGGGUAGCAGCAUUGCAGGCUGCAUCAGGCAUGGCACGAGAAGUAGGUGACAAGGGUUCAGAAGUUUAUUUUUGGCAAAAGUUUCAGAAGGCAAAAGCCGUGUAUGCGAAAUUAUGGAAUGGAUCUUACUUUAAUUAUGACAACAGUGGUCAAGCUUCUAGUUCAUCAAUUCAAGCUGAUCAACUGGCCGGACAAUGGUAUGCCAGAGCAUGUGGUCUUUUGCCAAUUGUUGACGAAGACAAGGCACGAAGUGCACUGGAAAAGAUUUAUAAUUACAAUGUCCUAAAGUUUGAGGAUGGAAGACGAGGGGCUGUUAACGGGAUGCUACCUAAUGGAAAGGUUGACAUGUCAACAUUGCAGUCAAGAGAAAUAUGGUCCGGAGUUACAUACGCUGUAGCUGCAUCGAUGAUUCAGGAAGAUGCAAUUGAUAUGGGAUUUCAUACUGCGGAGGGAAUUUAUGAAGCUGGAUGGUCCAAAGAAGGACUUGGAUACUCUUUUCAGACUCCUGAAGCUUGGACCACCAGCGGUGAAUACAGAUCUUUAGCUUACAUGCGCCCUCUGGCGAUUUGGUCAAUGCAGUGGGCUUUAACAAAACCACCGUUGUUCAAGCAGGAGACGGAAUUAGAAGUGGAUGAAGUUAUUUUGCUUAGGCACAAGGCUGGAUUCUCGAAAGUGGCUCAGCUUCUAAAGUUGCCACCCGAGGAAUCAUCAAGAAGUAUUUUGCAGACUGUUUUCGAUUAUACCUGCAAGAGGAUGUGGCUGUGAGUGAAAUUUCUGCCCGCGUAUAGCAUCUUGAAUCGUGAUUCUUGUAAUAAAUCGAUGUUUAUACCACAUAUUGGUGCUGUACAUUCAAUAAGAAGAAAACCAGUUUGAUUAGAAGGUAUUUGCGUAUAUUACCAUUCUAUAAAUCUCCUAAGUUGUAUAAAAAGAUCUGCAACUUCCUUGUGCUCUUCAAUUUUCCUUAUAAAUUUUGGAUCCAACUUUUAA